GACAGCUCAUUGUCCCAUAUGUACUUCGUAAUAAUCCUAGUUGGGUAAUAAGUGCUUUCUGCAUAGUUCUUUUAUAAACGAUAGCAAUUAUUUUUUAGUGUGUCCUUUUAAAUUAGCGAACUCCCUCCACAACGAUCAUACGUUCCCAGUCAUACAGUACUAAAGAUUAUUAGUUUACCGAUAUUAACUCAGAAGACUACGAUUCCCAGAAUCCAGUGUAGAACAGGGAAGCCACAGCCAAUCAGAAUGCGAUGAGCGUAAUCACAGACAAAUAAGCGAAUUUCUCGAUUUCAUCCAACCUCGUUUAUGGUCUGUCCGUGACCUCAGGAGGAUAGUUCGUGAUUCCUAACACUGGAACUCUUCCUUAUUCUUGUAGUUGACACCUCUAUAUUAAAGUGCUGACUAAAUUGCUGACAAUUAACAAGAUGAAGAAAUACAAGCAGCAGAUGGCAGAGCAAUUCUUGAGUCAUGCUCUAGGAAUCAUCUACCUGUUGACUGGAGAGGAAUACACGAUUGUGAAGAAGAAUUUCGCCCACAGUAACAUUCACCAGCUGACGGGAAAGGUCCCUAUAACGUGUGAUGAUGCUGCAGUGUAUUUCUCUGUGGAGGAGUGGGAUUAUAUUGAGGGACACAAGGAGCUUUACAAGGAUGCCCUGAAACAGAAUCUACAGACACUGAGUACCAUAGAGAUCUCAGAACACAAGAGCUCAGAACCAGAGUUAAGUAAGGAGGAAGAAGAUGAAGUGGAUUCCCAUUCAGAUUUCUGUGCAGGUGGAGACUAUAAUGAAAUUGUAUUGAAUAUUAAAGAGACAGAGCUGUGUUUGAGUCAGGCUGAAGCUGUGGAGCAGGAGAUCUGUGACAAAAUCAGCACAGGGGAAGAUCAUGAAAUAAUUGUAUUAACAAAUGAAGAAACAGGGCUGUGUGUAAAGCGUGAGGCUGGAGCUAUGGAGCAGGACAUCUGUGACAAUAUCUGCACAGGUGAAUAUAAGAAGGAUGUUAUUGAAGAAACCAACAUGGCAGUCUGUCAGUCAAAGAACGAUGUAACUGAAGAUUCCAACACAACAAUCUGUCAGUCAAUGACAACAGAGAAAAAUAAUAGCAGUUAUACUAUUCAGCAAGUUAAAGAAGAGCUUUUGGAUAUAGACUCACUUGGCAAAUCGUUACAUGAGAGAGAAAAUGUUGCAUUUGUUUCAGAUUUCUAUCAAUAUGAGCAGAACCUUUGCAGUUUGACUCAGAGCAUUUUGAAAAAUGCUAAAGAUACACCUUGUACUACAGUAGCUGUUAAUGUGGACAAAUCAGCAAACUGUGCAAAAUUUAAUAAUGAUACACCUUAUGCUACUGGGGCAGUUAAUUUGAACAGAUCAACAAGCUGUGCAAAAUUUAGCAGCGUCAUAGAAUCAAAUUCAGCAGCGAUGCCAUUUACCUGUUAUAUAUGUAGGGAAGGCUUCUUUUCCAGAUUGCAGCUUGUUGAACAUUUUAACACUCAUGCAGAAAACAACUUGUAUGUUUGCAACAAAUGUGGAAAAGGUUUUGAUCGAAAGCGUAGUUUAGAUAAACAUGAAAAAACACAUACAGGUGCAAAGCCCUUUGUGUGUCAGCAGUGUGGAAAAGGUUUUACUGCAAGAUCAAGUUUGUUUUUACAUCACAGAUCCCAUACAGGAGAGAGGCCCUUUGUUUGUCAGAUAUGUGGGAAAAGCUUUUCUCGAAAGUUUACUUUAAAUGAACACUACAGAACCCAUACAGGAGAGAAGCCCUAUGUGUGUCAGCAAUGCGGAAUAGGCUUCGCUUCAAAAUCAAGUUUGAUUUCACAUGUCAGAACCCAUUCAGCAGAGAAGCCCUUUGUUUGUCAGGAAUGUGGAAAAGGUUUUUCUCAAAAAGCUUAUCUAAAUUCACACUACAAAACGCAUACAGAACAGAGGGCGUAUGUUUGCCAGGAAUGUGGAAAAGGUUUCUCUCAAAGAGCAUAUUUGAUUGCACACUACAGAACCCAUAAAAAAGAUGAACCUUAGCUGAGGAUUUACCUAUGACAUCUCUUCUGGAACUGAUUGAUUGACCUAAGUGUAAAUGUGCUGAACUGUGGUUCACCUGCCUUAUGUAUUCAUUGUUAUAUGUUUGGAAAAGUUCUGAAUAAAGAUUAAUAAAGAAUUAAAAAAAAAAAAAAAAAAAAGAGAAAGAUGAACCUUAAAAAAACAUCUUGUAAAUUGUGCAGUGUUACAAUAAAUUAACACACAGGCUACGUGUGAAAGAUUUCCAAAUAGA